AUGAUCACCAGCAACCAAGGAUUCGAGCUGGAAGUCGCCGGCGAGACGGACUAUAUCCACGACAUGUGUUUCAACUACUACGGUGACCGCAUCGCGUUUUGCACCAGCCGGCAGAAAAUUUCGUUUUGGACGAAGGGGCGGAAUCCGGGCGGGUCGCGGAGCGCCACCGCGAGUCCGAGCGGCUCUAACGCCGGCCUGCAUUCGAAAAACAACAGCAACGCCAGUCUGCUUCAGGAGAGUGCAGCCUCGAGCAGCAGCAGCAGUUUCGCAAACUUUAAGAAUGUACACCAAAGUAGUUACAACCCUGCUGAUGUAGUUUCUGCGGGCGCGGGGGCCGCAGCUCCCGGAGCGCCAGGAUCGAAUGCGCAGGCGGGUAGCAGUACUACGUUGCAACAGCAGCAGGAGCAGGGACCUAGUAGUACAGGACAUGCUGGGACAGGCACAGGGACGACAGCGACGAACAAGCGAAAGUCCACGGAUAUUAUGCUGGUUGAGGAAAAUAAUGGAAGCGCUGGAGGUAUAGCGGCAGGAGCCACAACUUUUGCUGACUCGUCUUUUCACGGUAAAAAGGCGAAGUCCGCUGACGUUCUUGGGACAGCGGGUAAUAGUAGUAGUUCGGCAAUAAAUGCGUCCAACCUCCAGCAGUCGGAGGGGCAGCUUCACCAGCCGCCAGUCAGUGCUUCUGCUCCCCCGAGCAAUCAUUCCUCCAACGCAAACCUGCUCCUCGGCGGGCAGCCGUCGCCUGAGUGGCACGAGACGUCGGUGUUGGAGGGGGCCCACUCCGGGCCGAUAUGGCGGCUAGACUGGGCGCACCCGGAGUACGGCACGGGAAUUCUGGCGAGCUGCGGCGAAGACCGAGCGGUCAGUAUCUGGAGCGAAAAUCCUGCGUCGACAAGUUGGCGGAAACGGGCGCAAUUGUAUUGACGGGAGUUAGUUUAUACUUUCUUUAUGAAUCUGUAUCUGCGCGUGUUGCCCGAGUCAAAGUGUGCAUGAUGACAAGCGAAGUUUCCGAUGUAGAUCUCUGCAACAUCCGCGCAAGCUCCUGCAUGAGUGCAAUGAAUUUGUUUUCAAUCAAAGUAGAUUUGAGUGAUUCACCGCACCACAGGCUCGACGCCACGAAAGCAGUGAUUGACGUGAAGUUCGCGCCGCGGCACUUCGGCCUGAAGGUUGCCAGCGCCAGUCUCGACGGCUACGUUCGGGUGUAUGAAGCGCCCGACAUUCUGAACAUGGGCGAAUGGCUUUUGGAGGACUAUUCCAUCGCGAAAGGGGAGGGGGUGCAGGCAGUUUCCUGGUGUCCCGACAUUCACCAGGAAUACAUCGCGGCGGUAUAGAUUUUCACGUGGACUGAUGCCAACCUAGAUGCAGCUCGUUAGCGAAAAGACUUUUCAAAGUUCAAGAAUUGGUAAAAAAUAUUAUCCCAGGUCGGCACGGACGGAUCUUUGUACAUCCAUGGUAAGGACUUGGUGAAGCGCCGCUGGCUUUUGCUCCACCAGGAACCGCACGAGAAAACCAACCCAGAUUGCCUGCCGAAAGACGUGGCCUUUUCCCCUAACCUGUGCCGCCCCUACGACUUGUUGGUCACGUGCGGCACGCACUUUAGCGCGAAUCUGUGGAGGUUCGACCCGGUUUCCGCCUCCACGGCCUCGUCGCACGUCUACGGGUCGUAUGGAUUGCAAAAAUGUCUGGGUCUGGAAGGUUGGAACUUGUGAUGCUAACUUUGGACUCUACAAAAUUCUGUAUUGCAUGACCAGGAAGAGGAGUCCGGUUUGUGCUGCGCGUUGGGGGCAUUUGUCAUGCGGAAUAGGCAUCAGGAAGGCCUCAAAAAAUCUGUGAUGCUAGGGCUUCCAUGGCAGACAUUCUGUGUCAUGCAAAAACAGCAUAACAAAUUUCGGAUUCUUCCAGACCCAGACACUUUUACAUUUGAUAGGUCGGGGUUGCUACCGCCGCAGCAGUCCAGCGGUGGAUCCCAGCAGCAACCUGGUGUCGCCGCUGCGCCCGGCACCUUCACGAAACUCUCCGUGAUGAAGGUGCUGUGCGGGCCGGGCAUGACCCCGGACCUAGACGAGUGGAACACCAUCUGGCGCUGUUCGUGGAACAUCACCGGCACGAUGCUGACGCUGGCCCCGGAGUCGGGGCAAAUCCAGGUGUGGCAGACCCGGCAGGUCAAUGGGGGAUUCGGCAAGGAUUGGGUCAACACGUACAACAUCGAGCACAAUGAGAAUUCCGUGUCGAUUCAGCGGAAAGAAAAAACCGUCGCGGUGCCCAUGAACCACAACUCCGUCGGCUCGCUCGCUGCAGCCGGGUUGCAGCCAAAUUAACGAGGAAGAAGUGUCCUUCCCUCCUAGAAACAGCCUCGGUGAUGUUCCCGAGUAGAAGCAGGGGCGCAACUGCUUGAGAAAUAAAGAAAACAGCGACAAAUUAGGAUGAAGGAGAUCACAUCUCAUUGAAUGAUUUCUAUUGCGGACGAAAUUACUUAUUUAAUGGUUUGGGUCGUUUUCGACUAUUGUUCUGAGACG